AUGAUACCUGUCACACACUAUCCUAUUGCCGUUGGCCUUCCUGUCACCGCGCAAGAUCCUUUCGCCCCGCAGCGUGCUUCGGGCGCUUCUGUAGAUGCAUAUCUAAAGGCACGACGCGCGGCGGACUUGAUCUGUGCAUGGGACACAACACCGGCAGACGUCGUGAUGCAGCAGAUUCGCCAUGAUUCACAAAUCGAGAGACAAAUUGGAAGGGAGCCACUGAUCCCCACUCGAGAAAAAUGUCAUUCUUUGCUUACAAGACCUCGAAAGGACCAAAUAUCUCACUGUCCUUCCGAGCCUUCGAUGUCACAAAGACUGCCUGAUGAGGUUCUCUUGAUGAUUGUCUCCUGCCUAUCGGAUCCAGAUGACAAACCGUCGCUUUUCGCUUUUUUCGCCCUCCGUCAGGUCUCUCGCCGAUUUAGAUGUCUAUUGCAAGCAGAAGACUUUAUCACACAUCCUUUCUCUCGUGAAGGGUGCUGUCAACAGUGUUCAGAUGGUUGUCAAGACAAAUACACAUCACCAAUCUGUCCACCGGGUGGCCGCCAUUGCUUUGACUACAAGUCCGUGGGAGAGAUAGACAAAAGGGGACCUAUCUUCGAAGGGAAAUGGGGCGUUGGAGGAUUUGGGGACUUCAUAAGAAGUUACACCACGUGCAAAGACUGCCAGGAAAGUCGAGAGGGUAGGGUAAAGGCAGGUUACUCGACGACUUGCAAGUUUGCGCCUUGCGACUCCCAAGAAUACCUUCAUUGCCACUCCUGCGAUGCGGAUCACCCUUCCUCGUGCUUUUCCAAAGACCAAGCAAAGCUGCCGGAGGGGCGAGUCUGCAUUGCAAAUGAGGGCCAUAUCCGAAUUUGCGAACACAAAACACUGACCCGAGCCGACAUAAAACUUCUAUUGCCAGAUGAGGUGCCUGAAUAUAGGCCGGUGUUCCUAACGAGCUGUGAACAUCCCGAGCACAAGGUAACAUGUAACGACAACUUCGAUUAUACCGAUCAGACCCCGAGGGUAUUUGCUACAAACCCUGACGGCCUUGGUAUUAUGAUACAUAUUCUAUGGCAAGGGCAUUCGGGUAGCGAUCGAUCUACCCUUCACAAAAGCGGCUAUAUACAUAGACAUAAGCUCAACGACUCACUGGGAAGGAUCAGGCAGAAUGGAGGGAGUCUGUUGCUGCCACAGCGUGGCCCUAAUACGCUACCUGAAUGGAACGUAAUCUCCGAAAUAGACUGCUCAGAGGUAGUAUCAUCAGAAGAAGACCUUAUCAAGCUCCGUGGUGGCUGGGGCUACACGAAUCGCCAAAGACGACACAACACGGCUGUUCUAGGCCCUGAAAGGAUAGCAUGUGGUCACUGCAGGUACGACAAGAGCUGUAUCGUUGUUAACUACCAUCGAAAGAUACCCUUCUGGAAUCAGUACUCGAGUUGGGCGUCUCACGCGUGGUUUCAUGCCAUUGACAGGAAGUCAUACGUGUACAAUGGACCUGCUGGCGUGCCCGAGACCUGCGAUGUGGGCACCUGUCGCAAUAGCUAUAUGGGUAAAGAAGAUCAGGUUUAUAUCAUGUCAGAAGUCGUCAAUUUCCCCUGCGCGGCAAAGAGCAAUUUUAUGUAUGGGGACAAUAGGUGUGAAUUGGUGGUCCAAGAGAAGCAGUCCUGCGAGAAUUACGGACGAAUACUUGAAUCAUUCGAGGAUCAUGAUGUUGAGGAGCUUGAAGAAGCUCUCGCCCCAAGAGAACAAGCGGCCCGCUUUAGCUUGUUUCAGCAUUUGCAAUAUGGACGAGCUGGGUUCUCGAGCGAUUGA